UUUAGCGCGUCUGCGUCAAAGUUGAGCUCGCUGGACCGAGUGUACUAUCUGAUACGCGCGUGCAACAAGUGGGUGUAUAUAUCGGAAUUACUGAAACAAUUGAAUUCCUUUUGUAAACAGUAUGGGUGACAAGCAACACGUUCUUUCCGAUGGAAAGCGAUACGGAACUUUUGAAGAUGAGAAGACACAAAAACGGUUGGAAUGCGAGUCGGAUUUAUAUCGGGGUCUCGGCCGGGAACGGGUUCCCUGCCGCUUCGAAGUGGACAGAGAUGCCAUGACACAGGUCCUUUUGGACGAAGUAUCGCCACCAUUCAAAGAUAAUAAUACAUUAGAAAAGGUUACGAAUGUUUUUAGGAAUCAUUUUUCCGUGUCUUGUUCCUGUGUGGGCAAUUUCAUGACACGAGCUUUUCCCGUCCUUGGAUGGCUUCCCAAGUACAGCAUCAAGAACAACCUUUUGCUCGAUGUCCUGACCGGGUUCACACUCCUCAUUUUACACGUGCCACAAGGCAUGGCUUACGCACAACUAGCAUCUGUGGCGCCGGUGUAUGGACUCUACACGUCAUUUUAUCCAGUAUUAGUAUAUUUUCUACUUGGUACAUCUCGGCAUGUAUCAAUAGGUACUUUUGCCAUUUCUAGUCUUCUGGCUGGAACAGCAGUGGAUGAAAUUUACAGGAUGGAGCAUGUCAACUACAAGAUCGCAAUGGAUCACAUGCACGCCGCUGCGAACGCAACAGCCCAUAAUUCUACGACGCCGCUCUAUCCCACGGACGCACCUCCCCUGAUCCAUGACAAGAUCCACAUUGCCAUGGUUAUCACAUUUCUUGUCGGUAUCCUGCAGACAGCGAUGGGUCUCUGCCGAAUGGGGUACUUGACAUCCUUCAUGUCAGACGAGAUGAUCAGCGCCUUCAUCACCGGAACAGUGAUUCACAUCCUAACCAGUCAGCUCAAACCUCUCACCGGAGCCAACAUCACCAAGUACUCUGGACCAUUCAAUGUCAUUCUCACGUGGGUAUCAUUUUUCGAAAGAAUAGGGUCCGUAAACUACAUUGUACUCAUUAUGUCUGUGUGUAGUCUACUUUUCCUCAUCAUAGUUAAAGAGCUUAUCAAUGGAAUUGUGCUGAAAAAGUCCAAACUGCCGGUGCCAGCCGAGUUGAUUCUGGUAAUUGGGGGUACGAUGGUAUCGAAGUACAUCUGCCUGCACACAAAAUAUGACAUAGAUGUUGUCGGCUUGACACCUACAGGUUUCCUGCCUCCUGAAGCCCCACCGUUCGAACUUCUUCCCAAGGUUCUGACUUCCAGUAUGAUUUUGUCAAUCAUUUGCGCUGCCACAACCCUCUCGAUGGUGCUAAUUUAUGCCAAAAAGCACGAAUAUGAAGUCGACACCAACCAGGAGCUAGUGGCAUAUGGUGUCGGCGGCAUUGUGUCUUCUUUUUUCUUCUGUUUUCCGAGCUGUGGAUCACUUUCGAGGAGCGCUAUGCAAGAAAGCACUGGGGCAAAGACUCAGAUAGCGAGUCUGGUGUCCUGUAUUUUGAUGUUAGUCGUCCUUUUUGUUUUGGGUCCACAGUUUGAACCUUUGCCAAAUUGUGUUCUGUCCGCUGUAAUUGUGAUGUCAUUAAAAUCGAUGUUGAUGUAUUUCGGAGACUUGAGAAGAGCGUGGAAUGCAUCCAAGCUGGACGCGUCUGUAUGGGUGGUUACCUUUCUAUCUGUGAUUAUUCUAGACAUGGACUACGGAUUGAUCAUUGGAAUUCUAUUCUCAUUAAUAACAAUUUUGUUCCGUUCACAGUACCCAGAGACGUGCUUACUGGGUAAUCUCCCCGGCACAGAAAUAUACAGGAGCGUCGAGAAAUAUCCAAAUGUGACAGAAAUUCCUGGGGUAAAGAUUUUCCAUUUUGGAGCAUCUAUUUAUUUUGGAAACAGGGACUAUUUUAGAUCCCAAAUAUUUCAUCACAUUAGUUUUCAACAAAGCUCGAGUCCAGAGGCAGAAGUAAAAUAUCAAAAUGAACAAAACGAGAAAAAAAAGAUGUUGGAAGAAGAAGAUCAACUGACCUUCCAGAACACUUAUAAGUACGACUUUCUAAGAGUGAUUAUAGUGGAGCUGUCUGCGGUGGCAUACAUGGAUUCGGGAGGCGUGGCAAUGCUCCUACAAGUCAUGAGAGAAUUUGCUGUAAAUAAUAUUGUGAUAUACAUUGCUUGUGUUCAAGAGCCAGUGUUAGAGAGUUUAGAAAGCCAAGGAUUCUUUAAUACAGUCAGUAGAGAAUUCCUGUUUCCGACCGUCCACGACGCAGUAUUAUAUGCACAAAGUGAAUGCUUUAGUUCCUAGCACUAACAAAUGUUAAAUUAAAUAUGUAUAUUGUAAAAAAAAAGAGGAAUCUAUAUUAGGUUGCUAUUUAUUAUUUCAACUCCAUCAGCAAGCAGAAAUGUUUGGUAAACCUCAAUAAUUGAUCACUAACUACAAAACGGACGAUCUAUCUAAAAUUUGAACUGAAGUAGGUAUGUAUGUGUAAAAUGUUUUACAUAAACUCAAUACGAAGCAGUGCAUAAAAUAAUACUGAUAAAGGCAAGCGGGUAACAAUUGUUUGAGUAUUUUUGAAAAGAUAAAACAAUAGUUUUGUAGCUGUAUUAAAUAGAUUGGCUGUUUUUAAAAUUUACACACAACAAUAGGUAGACUGUUUUUGAAAUUUAAUGUGAUGAUACAUAAUUGCUUACCCGCGAAAAUUAAUUUGGAAUUCCUACUUCAAUUUUACCAGUUAUUUAACUAAUUAUUAUUACUGUUAUGAUUGGAUAAAUAAUUUAGUUACAAAACUAAUUUUAAUCUUUUUCUGUUUUAACAUUUGUUAUCAUGACCAUUAUUAUUUCUUAUAGAAGCUGUUUGUGGCUCUAAAAUGGUUGGCCAAUCUUUAAAUUUAUGUUUUUGUGUUCAGGUGUAUAGCGUGUUGAAUUAUAGAGAUUUAAUAUAAUUGAGAAGCAAAUGAACAAAAUGAAAAGUUUUAAAAAGGAAAUUCAAACAUCAAAACAUAUGAAAAUUCUUAAGCAUUUUACUUAAGAUUACUUUAAGAUAAACUUAAAGCGUUUACCAAAGCCUGCAAUUAUCAGAAUGAUUAUCAAAGCGUACUGCAAUGAACAGUUGACUUUGUUGUACAGAAAAUAGCUAUAAUGUGAAACUCGAGCAAUGAAGAACUUAUUGAAAAAGUGUUUUUUG